CCAUUUAGUCAAACGGGAAUUUCAAACAUGAAUACGAUGAGCAUCUUUUUGAUUUGUUUUCUCCUUACAACAUGCAACGCAACAAACCGAUCGGUUUUGUUCAAACAUAUCUUUAAAAACUAUGAAGUGGACGUUGCACCGUAUGAAAACGCCUCACAACCACUGGAUGUCACCAUGUACAUUUACUUACAAAAGAUUCUUGACGUUAGAGCAAGACAGCAAAUAUUCGAAUCGACAUUCUGGUUUUUCAUGUCGUGGAAAGAUGAUCGGUUGGCAUGGAAUCCUGAAAUUUACAAAGGAAUAGACAGUAUUCAUACAACCUCUAGUAAAGUUUGGAAUCCCGCAUAUGUUUGUAUGGUAAAUGACAUUGGUAUGGAAAGUUGUUUUCGAGAAGGCUCCACGGUCACAGUUCUGUACACUGGAGAAGUCAUAUUUUCCAAAUCCCUCGACGGUGCCACCCAAUGCAACAUUAAUGCAAAGAAGUAUCCAUUUGACGUUCAGAAAUGCUCUAUUGACAUAGGAAGCGCAUUUCAUAAAUCCAAAUUCAUUCAUUUUAACCUCACGUCCUCUUACUUUGGACUGGACCUGUACUCAAAGAGCGAAGAAUGGAGCGUUGUGAACACCUCAGUAUCAACGUAUUCUAUCAAAGAUUUCCAUGAGAUGAUAUUCGAAGGGCUCCAUUUUGAAAUUGUAAUUGAAAGACAACCCGGAAGUGUCAUUGUAUCGUACAUACUGCCGGUAAUGCUUCUCUCCAUUGUCAACUUAUGCUCUUUUGUGUUGCCGAGUGAAUGUGGAGAAAAAAUGGGGACGUCGGUGGCCAUUUUUCUUACUUUUGCGGUUUUUCUGACAUUCGUCAGCCAAUUCAUGCCGGUUUCUGAAGACACUCCUCAUUUUACUAUAUAUCUCACGUUUCAACUUGUUCUCAGUGGUCUUGUUAUUAUCAUGGAAACCAUCGUCCUGAAAUACAAGUUCGACUGGAGGGAAAAUCUUGUGGGGGAAAUUCAAAUGAAUGAAAACAAUGAGUCAGAAAAUCCAAAAAUAUCCAAGGAUCUACGGCGACACAAAAUAAACAUAAAAUAUCUUGAUAGGUAUAUGAUGAUUAUUUACUUAAUUUUGAAUUUGAUUUCGAUUUUAAUAUUUUUUGUGGGUACUCAGUGA